GGGUAGCGAAUGUCAUUGGGUUACAGGAGUCUCCCCCUGCGAGCGCCCCCUAGACGUCCGCGGGGGGGCUGACAGCCGGCGAUGUUUCCGACUGCGCUCGUCCUCGAGGUUUCUUUGUCCAGUGCAAGUCGGUUGGCGUCGAAGGCCUUGGCUCCAUUUCUGAUGGCGACGCUGGCAGCGCGGUUGUGCUUGAUAUUCGGCUACCCGGAGAUGCAGGAGUUUGCCUUCCUGGUGCCGUUGUUGUCUGGUGCGUACGCCCAUGCGCUCACAGUUUGCACGCUGGUCACUGGCGCAGCGCAGCGCGCUGCAUUUGACCUGCCCGUCUUCACGACGGUGCCCUCGCAGUCUCGCAGCGAUUUCCAUG